GCCUCAUUACCAAACAACCCACAUUCCCAUGAAGCCACUGCAACGCCCCUUCCUUUCUCUAUCCCGGGGCCUCUCUCAUACAUGCCUAGCCUAACACGUAUUGUUUUCCCUAGAACUGGGCCUGUGAAGUAGGGGAAUCUCCGGCGCUCAGUGGCAUGGCCCAUCGUCUGUUUGAAGGUAAGGAGCAUGCUACCUCCUACUGGAAGUACAGGGUCUCUCCCUCAGCUCAGCUCAUUGAAGAAGUCAUGUCCUUCCUAAAGAAAAAGAGGGGCGUGCAGCCCUGUGACCUGGCAGUAGACGUAGGCUGUGGGUCGGGUCAAGGGACCGUGCUCCUGGCCCCUCACUUCUCCUCAGUGGUGGGGACUGACAUCAGCCCUGCCCAGCUGGAGGUGGCCCAGGAGCACACCACCGCCCCUAACAUCUCCUACAGACAGUGCCAGGCUGAGGAGCUGCCGUUUGCAGACAGCUCAGUGGACCUGGUGACGGCCAUGUCUGCCUUCCACUGGUUUGACCGGCCGCGGUUCCUCCAGGAAGCCCACAGGAUCCUGAAGGCUAAAGGUUGCCUGGCUCUACUCAACUACACCAUGGAUAUGGAGCUUGACUAUGGAGACUGCUCCCACACACUCAACACAGUCUGCAAAGAGUUUUAUGCUGCACUCCUGCCACAUCGUAAUCCCUGCCUGGGCCCUUGCUCUGUUGCUCUUUACAAACAGUCCUACGGUUCCAUCCCUUACACAGAGAAAGAGUGGCAGGAGUGUAUGUGGGUGAAGAAGUCCAUGACUCUGUCCAACUACAUGGGUAUGAUAGAGUCCUUUUCCAGCUACCAGGCUCUACUAAAGAAAGACCCGGAGGAAGCCAGCAGACUGUCAACUGACAUCACCCACAGGCUGUUGGCUGUGAUGGGGGUGACCUCACCAGAGACUGAGCUUGUGGUUGGAGUAAGGUAUUUCUUCCUGCUGGCCUGCAAGCCAGAGGACAAGCUACUGAUCGAUGACUGAGAUUGGACUGUGAUUGUGUUAUUGACUGUACGUUUGUUUAUGUGUAACUCUGUGUUGUUUGAUUUUGUCACACUGCUUUGCUUUAUCUUGGCCAGGUCGCAGUUGUAAAUGAGAACUUGUUCUCAACUGGCCUUCCUGGUUAAAUAAAAGGUGAAAUAAAAUAAAAUGUAUUCAUGGUGAACAUGAAAAAUUAUAGAAUUAGUGAUUACAUUUGUAUUAAAACUUUCCAAUGAUUGGUA